CGGAAGUUGAAAGUUGACAGGGCAGCAAUCACAUGACUGAGAAGAUGGCUUCCGUACAGUGGCAUCCGAGGGAAAGGAACUACAAAGCAGAGCUUGAAUCAUGCAGAUUGGAGCGGGUGGCUGUAGAAUAUGGGGACUAUCAUCCUCUGAAACCAAUUACUGUUACAGAAUCCAAAACCAAAAAGAUGGGGCGGAAAGAGAGCACGUCCUCCAGUUCUUCAUCUUGUUCUUCCAACUCCAUUGUGGACCCACUAAGCAGCGUUUUGGAUGGCACAGAUCCUCUUUCCUUGUUUGCAGCCACAGUAGAGACAUCUAAUAUGCAGGAUGGCAGCAAAAAGAAGAGAGAACAGGACGAUAUUGUUGGUAGUGACUUUGAGCCGUGGUCAAGCAAACGUGGUGAGAUCCUGACCAGAUACACAACAACUGAGAAGCUCUCCAUUAAUCUCUUCAUGGGAUCAGACAGAGGAAAACCCACAACGCCAGGUUCUGCUGUCUCUGAAAAAGUUAGAACACGGCUUGAAGAGCUUGAUGACUUGGAGGAGGGAUCGCAGAAAGAGCUUCUGAAUUUAACGCAACAGGAUUACAUCAGCAGGAUUGAGGAACUGAACCAAUCCCUGAAGGAUGCCUGGGCUUCGGAUCAGAAAGUCAAAGCAUUAAAAAUCGUUAUACAGUGCUCUAAACUGCUCUCAGAUACUGCUGUGAUCCAGUUCUACCCAAGCAAGUUUGUGUUGAUCACAGAUAUCCUGGAUACGUUUGGAAAGCUUGUGUACGAGCGCAUUCUGUCAAUGUGUGUGGAUAAUCGCACUUCUUUACCUGCUAAUUUCUCUCCAGACAAUGUGAGUGACACUGCCAAAGAGACUUGUCUAAACUGGUUCUUCAAGAUUGCCUCCAUCCGAGAACUGGUCCCUAGAUUCUAUGUGGAGGCAGCAAUACUAAAGUGCAACAAAUUUCUCUGCAAAACGGGGCUGUCUGAGAGUCUUACUCGCCUAACGUCCAUGAUCAAGGGAAUAGGAGAUCCUCUUGUGUCUGUGUACGCCAGAGCUUAUCUCUGUAGGGUUGGAAUGGAAGUGGCGCCAAACGUCAAAGAAAGUUUAAACCGUAACUUUUUCGACUUCCUACUCACCUUUAAACAAAUUCACAGUGACACAGUGCAGAACCAGCUGGCAGUGCAGGGGGUGGAGGUGCCUAUUUAUCUGACUCUGUACUCGCCUGCUAUAGACUGGAUAUUGCGAUGCAUCGCCUACCGAGCGCCAGAGGCUCUGUUGACUGAGAUGAUGGAGAGGUGCAAAAAGCAGGGGAACAAUGCAUUGCUCUUAAAUUCUGUGAUGUCAGCUUUCAGAGCAGAGUUUAUUGCUGCUCGUUCGAUGGACUUCAUUGGAAUGAUAAAAGAGUGCGACGAAGCUGGAUUCCCCAAGCAUCUUCUCUUCCGAUCUCUGGGAUUAAAUGUAGCCUUGGCUGAUCCGCCUGAGAAUGACAGACUGCAGAUUCUAAACGAGGCCUGGAAAGUUAUCACCAAGCUGAGAAACCCGCAGGAUUAUAUCAACUGUGCAGAGGUGUGGGUAGAAUAUACCUGCAGACACUUUACGAAGCGAGAAGUCAACACCAUUUUGGCUGAUGUCAUAAAACAUAUGACCCCAGACCGUGCGUUUGAAGAUUCGUACCCACAGCUGCAGUCGGUAAUAACGAAAGUCAUAGCUCAUUUCCACGAUUUCUCAGUGCUCUUCUCCAUAGAAAAAUUCCUGCCGUUUCUGGAUAUGUUCCAGAAAGAGAGUGUGAGAGUGGAGGUGUGUAAAUGCAUUAUGGAAGUAUUUAUUAAACAUCAACGUGAAGUUACUAAAGAUCCGGUCAUACUUAAUGCUCUCCUUCACGUGUGCAAGACCAUGCACGACUCUGUAAAUGCGCUGACCCUCGAAGAUGAAAAGCGAAUGCUGGCUCAUCUCAUCAAUGGCUUCAUAAGAAUGGUCUCCUUUGGACGUGACUUUGAGCAGCAGCUGAGCUUUUACGUGGAAGCCAGAUCAAUGUUUUGUAAUCUGGAGCCUGUUCUGGUUCAGUUAAUCCAUAGUGUGAAUAAUCUGGCAAUGGAGACAAAGACCGUUAUGAAAGGAAAUCAUUCUCGGAAGACAGCUUCAUUUGUCAGGGCUUGUGUUGCCUUUUGCUUCAUCACCAUACCGUCACUGACCAGCAUCUUCACGCGGCUCAAUCUGUACCUACACUCAGGCCAGGUAGCUCUUGCAAACCAGUGCCUUUCCCAAGCGGAUGCCUUCUUUAAAGCUGCCGUAAGCCUCGUUCCAGAGGUACCAAAGACUCUCAGCAUAGACGGAAAGAUGAGAUCCUCUGAAGCGUUUCUCUUGGAAUUUCUUAGCAACUUUUUCUCUACAUUAUUGGUGGUGCCUGACCACCCAGAGCAAGGAGUUUUAUUCCUGGUCCGCGGACUGCUAAAUGUUAUUGAAGAUUUCACCUGGGAAGAUAAUAGUGACGAUAAAGUGCGAAUUUACUCUACUGUUUUACACCUGCUUGCAGCCUUGAGCCAAGAAAGCUAUCUUUAUCAUGUGGACAAAGUUGAUUCUAAUGAUAAUCUGUACGGCGGAGACACAAAAUUUCUCUCAGAAAUAAAUAAACUGUGCGAUACAUUAAUAGGACAGAUUUUGGAGCAUCUCAAGGCUCUCGGCAAAGAAAAGACUCUAAAGCGUCAGAGCUUCCUGGCCUUGCAGUUAUUUAAUAGCAUUCUUGCUCAUGGCGAUCUGAGAAACAACAAACUUAACCAGCUCGCUGUAAAUCUAUGGAAUCUUGCUCAAAAACAUGGCUUUGCGGACACCAAAACCAUGGUGAAAACAUUGGAUUAUAUCAAAAGAAGAAGCAAACAGCCAAACUCGGGUCAUUUCAGUGAUCUGGCAGCCAGACUACCACUGCAGUCUAGAACUUAACAUCAUGACAUUACCAUAUCUAGUAAUUAAAUGUACAAUAGAUAAAAAAAAGUGAUCAUUUACCUUUAUCAAUCAUCUUGUAUCUAUGAACUGCCGACAAGCUCUCUGCAGUGGAUUUCUGUGCCUUUGAACGAACGUUACAUAUACAGUAUAUAUAUAUAUAUAAUGUGGCAUUGAAAGGGUUAUGUUUUUGUACUGCCUUAUGCGCUCUGCGUUACUGUUGCUAGAAUAAAGUGGUACAACCACAGCUAAACAUAAAACCUAAUGUUAGUUAGCUCUAAUGUUCUACUUGUGUCGGCUGCUGUCAGAUUUCUCCUCCACCCCUGCUGAGCACAGCAGAUCAGUUUGGACUUUUUGAAUGAACUUUUUUCUUAAAUGACAGAGGUAAGUGCAUCAUGUUCGCUUAAACUGUACAUUCAGAUUAUCAUUCUGCAGUGUUUGUAUUAAAGGGACAGUUUACCCAAACAUGUCUCCCCUUUAAUUUGAUCCCAAUGAUCCAUUUUACCUGCUGGAGGUGUAUUAAAUUGUUUACAAGUAGCUCCUUUACCCUUAUUUCGUCAUUUGAAAUAGCUGUUUUAGUCUGUGGUAUCCCCACCUAUACUGAAAUGUUCUAUACUUAAAGGGACAUGAAACCCACAUUUUUUUCUUUUAUAAUUUAGAAAGAUGAUGACAUUUUAAACAACUUUCUAAUUUACUUCUAUUAUCUAAUUUGCUUCAUUGUCUUGAUAUUCUUUUCUGAAAAGCAUAUCUAGAUAGGCUCAGUAGCUGCGGAUUGGUUGCUGCAGAUGUGUGAUUGACUAACCCAUGUGCAUUGCUCUUUCUUCAACAAAGGAUAUCUAAAAAAUAAAGCAAAUUAGCUAAUAGAAGUAAAUUGGAAUGUUGUUUAAAAUUGUAUUCGCUAUCAUGACAGAAAAAAAUUGGGUUUAGUGUCCCUUUAAGUCCAGGCUAUUGACAAGCUAUGUAAACACAGCCAGCAGAAAAAUUGCACUCUUAGUAGGGUGUAGAAGAGAUAAGGAAAUUAUAAUUUUCCAUUGUUCUCUAAGUAUUGGCUUUGGUUUGCAAACAAAUAUAAGACAAGGAAGUAAGUGUGUGUACACAAAGUGAUAACAUGAGAUCUCACUUUACCUGCAAGCUCAACCCAUUGUAAUAGGUUGUGGUUUCAAAGCACAAAACCAGCUAUUUCAUAUACACAAAUAAACCUGAAAAUGCAAUUUCUCAUAGAUUUUAUACUUUGCAGCUGGUAUAACAAGUCAUUGGAAAUACAUUAAGGGGAAAACAAUUUUACAGUAUACUGUGCCUUUAAUGAAAGCUUCUAUGUGUCAGUAUCAGCACAAAUUAGUCACAGCAGUAGUGAGUCUGUCACUGUGACUUUAAUGAAAUGGUCCAUUACUCACGUUACGUAGACUGCGCCAGCAGCCAUUGGAUUCUCUUUUUGCUUGUACAGCAGUUUGCCAUUACUAUUAUAGAUAUAGGUCUAUAGAUACAGAGGUGUUGCGCAUCUCUUCCAGGUCUGCUUAUGGAAGCGCCAUACAGAGGUAAUCUGACCCCUUAAAUCAUGGAGAUCAGAAUGAUAGGGCAGGGGGUAUUUAAAUGUAAGCUAACAUCACUUUUCAUAACAUUCCUCAGAUAUCAAAUUAUUUAUAAUGGUUAAAAACAAAGGAAUAUGUUACUCCUUAUACUUUUAUUGAACCUAUUUCUAUUGGUAUAUACACAUUGAAAUGUUCAUGUAACUAGUCAAUAAACAUAGAGAAAAUUGUA